UUCUCAAUAAAUACUCAAUAACACAUCCUGAUUUUAGGCAGGUCAUCAUUGAAUUGUAACACAGUUUCAAAUGGCAGCAGAAGGCAAAGUAGUUGAGCAUCCUAACAAGGCCUUUGGAUGGGCAGCUAGAGAUCCUUCUGGUCUUCUCUCCCCUUUCAAUUUCUUUAGAAGGGAAACAGGUGAGAAAGAUGUAGCAUUCAAGGUGUUGUAUUGUGGGAUAUGUCACUCUGAUCUUCACAUGGCCAAAAAUGAAUGGGGCAAUUCCAUCUAUCCACUAGUUCCUGGGCAUGAGCUUGUGGGUGUAGUAACAGAGGUGGGAAGCAAAGUAGAAAAGUUUAAAGUCGGAGACAAUGUUGGUGUGGGCUACAUGAUCGAUUCAUGCCGAGCAUGCCAAAAUUGUGAAGAUGGUCUUGAAAAUUACUGUCCCACAUAUACAACAACUUGUGGUGGGAAAUAUCGUGAUGGAACUGUCACAUAUGGAGGUUUCUCGGACUCAUUGGUUGCAGACGAGCACUUUGUAGUCCUCAUUCCUGGUAGCUUACCUCUUGAAGUUGCUGGUCCUCUCCUCUGUGCUGGUGUCACAGUAUAUAGUCCUCUUAAGUAUUAUGGACUUGACAAACCUGGUCUGCAUAUUGGUGUUGUUGGUCUCGGUGGACUUGGCCAUAUGGCUGUAAAAUUCGCCAAAGCUUUUGGUGCUAAUGUGACUGUAAUUAGUACUUCGCCUAACAAAGAAAACGAAGCAAUAGAACACUUAGGAGCUGAUUCAUUUCUAAUAAGCCGCGAUCCAAAUCAGUUGAAGGCUGCAAUGGGUACUUUGGAUGGUAUUAUUGACACAGUUUCAGCUGGUCAUCCUCUCUUACCACUGAUUGGUUUAUUGAAAUCUCAUGGAAAGCUUGUUAUGCUUGGUGUAAUAGUAAAGCCUGUAGAUCUUCCUGUAUAUGCUUUACUCGGAGGGAGAAAAUUAUUAGGCGGGAGUAUGGUUGGAGGGAUAAAGGAGACUCAAGAAAUGAUUGAUUUUGCUGCUAAACACGAUGUGAAACCUGAUAUUGAGAUUGUUCCGAUUGAUUAUGUUAACACAGCAAUGGAGCGUCUCGCUAAAGGAGAUGUGAGAUAUCGAUUUGUGAUUGAUAUUGGAAACACAUUGAAACCAAGCUCUUAGAAUGUUUCACGGGAAUACAGAUGAAACUCUCAGUGUGCCAUUUGCCAAGGAUGCUUUUGAUUUCCAUCUUUAUUAUAUUGUUGUCAUGUAGUUUUCUAUGUGUUGUGCUAACACGAUUAACCGUUGGCUAAUGGUGUUAUAAUAAAAUUUCACAUUAUGCAUUUUAUCAUUUUAUAAUAAAAUUAAUUAUUAAGUAUUGGAAAAUUA